UUAAAGCUCCCUGCAGAGCAGCAGCGGAGGAUGGAGCAGAGUUAAUGAAUGAGGAUAAACCGGCCGAUGGAGCAGCAGCAUCUUUUUAUUAUUUUAUUUCUUUACAUCGUUUGAAUCCCGGUUUAACGGCUGAUUGACGUAACAUGUAAAAAAGGAAAACCGUGAAUGACAGAUUGUUUUGUCAGGGAGUUACUUCACAUCGUGUGAUCCUGCAGGAGGAUAAAAGCAGGAGGAUGAAGUGUUUUUCUGUCUUUUCUUCAAACUAAAACACAGACAUGAAGCUGCAGCCUGACAGAAGAAGAUGUCUCCCGUCUUCAUCACCACGAAGCGGCGGUGACCCGUCUCGUUUACAGCCGUUAAAAGGCUCUGCUGGACGGCUUUGAUGGCAGAGUGGACGGCGAGGAAGAGCCAGCGUUUGAAAACUGAUUGAAGGCUGAAUAUUAAGUUGUUUUUUUUGUCUCUACCGGAGGAGGAAAAGUACCAUCUACAGUUGGUCUUUUUGACUUUUGAACUUUGUUUGUGGGAAACUUAAAACGGUUAAUUCAGUAUUAAAUCACAGCUUCCCGAGCUUAGCAUCGUAACAGGAGUUUGAGUUAGCUGCUAACGGUUAGCUUCCCAACCGUUAGCACUCUCGUCUCUCAUCAUGCAUGCUCUGACACGUUUACUCGGGUGAAACCAACAACACCACCCCUCCUCUUCCUCCCUCCUCCUCCUAUUCUGCAAAAAAACAUGUACCCAAGGGCAUAACCACCUCAACAGCAUGUCGGACUGAGGACAGCACCUGGAUCAGAAAGCUGCAGAGCUAGCCUCCAGAGACCACCGAGAAGGAUCACUGUCGACUCACAACCGAAUCCUGCAAACAUGGGAGAGCAGCCCAUCUUCAGUACACGGGCCCACGUCUUCCAGAUCGACCCGUCUACCAAGAAGAACUGGGUUCCCACCAGUAAGCAUGCGGUCACGGUGUCAUACUUCUUCGACAGUACCAGGAAUGUAUACCGAAUCAUCAGUCUGGAUGGAUCCAAGGCCAUUAUCAACAGCACCAUCACCCCCAACAUGACGUUCACAAAGACGUCGCAGAAGUUUGGCCAGUGGGCCGACAGCCGUGCCAACACGGUGUACGGCCUCGGCUUCCCGUCAGAGAGCCACCUAGCCAAAUUUGCAGAUAAAUUUGUGGAGUUCAAGGAGGCGGCUCGGUUAGCGAAGGAGAAGUCUCAGGAGAAGAUGGAGCUCACCAGCACGCCAUCUCAGGAGUCGGCUCCCGGGGAUCUGCUGUCACCGAUGACCCCGGAGAGCAUCAACGGUACAGAAGAAGAGAGAGUCACGGUGGACGCACCUCCUCACAGCGAAGCCAGAGGGGAGCCUUCCCACAAUGCAUUGCCCUUCUCCCACAGUUCGACCAGCAUGAAUAAGCACUGGGAGGCGGAGCUAGAGGCGCUGAAGGGGAACAACGCCAAGCUAACGGCGGCUCUGCUGGAAUCCACGGCUAACGUGAAGCAGUGGAAGCAGCAGCUGUCGGCCUAUCAGGAGGAGGCGGAGCGGCUUCACAAACGGGUGACGGAGCUGGAGUGCGUGAGCGGCACGACGACCGUGAUCAAAUCCCAAAAGAGCGAGCUGAACCACACGAUAGAGGAGCUGGAGCUCGCUCUGAAGGCCAAGGAGGAGGAGCUGGAGAGACUGAAAGAGGAGGUGGUGAGUGCCAACGAGUUCCAGUCUCAAAGAGACUCGCUCACACACAAACUGAAGGACUCUGAGUCAAGGAACCAGACGCUGGAGGGUCAGCUGAGCGAGCUGGAGCAGCGUCUGGAGAGCAGCCAGCAGGAGCAGGAAGCCUUCAGGACGAGUCUGCGCACGCUGCUGGAGCUGCUCGACGGCAAGAUCUUUGAGCUGACCGAGCUGAGGGACACGCUCGCCAAACUGCUGGAGGGCAGCUAGAGACACACACACACACACACACACACACACACACACACACACACACACACACACACACACACACACACACACACACACACACACACACACACACACACACACACACGCCUGGCUCACACCUUCACCAACACGUAAGACCACUUGAAUUCUUUUUUUUUUAAACCACGUGUAACCAAAUGGACUUCAUGCAUCAGCAGCACACGUUUUUAUGCUACGGAUCACGUUUACAAACACGCCGCCGAGUGAAGGCGUUCGCUCGGACCAUGCCUUCCCUCCGCUCUGCGCUGGAACCGCUCCGGCAACACGCUCCAAAAAAAAAAAAAUCUGACUCGACUCUGAUUUCUCUUUUCGUCUCUUGAAUGUCUUUUUCCAUUUGACGAGACUUUCAAUUAUUAUUAUUUUUUCUCAAAUCUUUUUGCUUCUUUAACCACGAAGACUUUUCGUUUCUUCUCUUCGGUGCACUUCUCGGUCGCCCUCGAGUCGGCGAUUGUUUGUUUCUUCUUCCUCGCGUCAUCGUCAGCCAAAUAAACACUCGAGAAGAACGCCAACGCUCUGAGAUUUUCAUUGGAACUCGAGUUUCGUUUCUCCAGUGACUGAAUCCACCGAUGAACUGCCAAAUGUAGAAAAAAGAACGUCCUGAUUCUUCUACGGUACAUGAGCAAUACGAAAAGGGAGAAAAAAAAAACACUUUUCACUCAUUUUCAGGUAACUUUCCUCUCCCAUGCUGAGGACACAAGCGAGGCGGGACUUUCUUUGGAUACACUUUUUUUUUUUAAAGAAUACUACGAUGACGACUUGAUAGUGCACUUGUAAAAAAAAAAUGGCGUCUGUGUGUACGAGUGAAUCUUUUCCAUUCUUGUUUUGACUUGAAGUGCAAUGAUUGAAUCCUGUUUUUCUUCUUUUUCUUAAUUUAUGACUUCACUGUUACUCAAUCUGUGCUCGAGCAGAGAUGUUUUAUUGUCUGGUACGUGAGUGUUUAAGACGGUUUUGUUUCGUCUGCAAUAUUUUUUGAAGUAUUUAUGAGCGGACGUGAGAAUAUAUUCGCAGGAAAGGAUUUGAAGAGAAUCGUCUUUUCUUUUGCCAAAUAAAACUUCUCCUGUACAGAGUUGAAUUCUGCAGAUGUUGCCUUUGGUACAGAAAUGCAUCAAUGGUAGCUACGUAGCGCUUUCUUUCUUUUGGUUGGAUUUACAAAUUGCCAAAAAACACAGCAUGGUUAAGGAGGCGUGAGGUACGUACACCUGGAGAACACUACUUAAGGGCUUGUUGACGACACGUGUGGAAGACUUGAAUGACUUUUAUCACGGUGAAAAUUAUGAAUAUUUCAGAUUGAAAGGGGACAAUUAUUUGGAUGAGUCUUUUAAAUGUUGAUGAUUAUUAUGACCACAUGCUUCAAAAUACAAAUUGUAAUUUUUGAGUUUAUAGUAAAACAAAAACCAAAUGGAAA